UUUGCCGAGUGAGAGAGCGCUAAGCUGUGCGAUUUGUUUCAUGUAUUGAUUUUGAAUACACAAGUGUAAUGAACAACUUGUAGCUCAUUGAUUUGAAACACUGCAAUCGUCUGGACUGCAUGUAAUAGUAGAUUGAGGAUAUCAAAAUAUGAAACUUGUUAAACCAGCGACCAAACCCUGACCCUCAAAAUAAGUUUCAAUAUUUUCUUAGUGGUUCGCGGAUAUUAUAAUUUCUAAAUGAUACGAGAGUUUUACGAUAGCACCGAUGAAGAUGAAAUGGAAAGCCAGUAUGAGGUAGAUCCAGAAUGCCUGGUUCUGACGAGACCAGAUCGCGACAUGCAUAACCGAUGCUGUGGUGGGAAAGCCUGGUGCAUUAGAGAUAUAUGCGGCAUCAUAUGCGCUGUUCUCACUUGGCUCCUCAUCCUCUACGCUGAGUUCGUCGUGAUGAUGGUGAUGCUGCUGCCCGGCGUGUCGACGUACCCGGUGUACAGCUACAUAAACAUCAUCAUAUUCCAGACGCUCGCCUUUCUCGCGUUCGCUUCGCACCUCCGCACGAUGUUCACGGAUCCGGGUGCCGUACCAAAAGGCAACGCGACAAAGGAGAUGAUCAAACAAAUGAGCUUCCGUGAGGGUCAGGUGAUAUUCAAGUGCACCAAAUGCUGCAGCAUCAAGCCAGAGCGCGCGCAUCACUGCUCCGUCUGCCAGCGGUGCAUCAGGAAGAUGGACCACCACUGCCCCUGGGUGAAUAACUGCGUGGGGGAGAACAAUCAGAAGUACUUUGUACUGUUCACGUUCUACAUAGCGGCGAUAUCUAUCCACUCGCUCACGCUCUCCGUGUACCAGUUCGUGACGUGCAUUCGGCACGAGUGGCGCGACUGCAGCACUUACUCCCCACCCGCGACAGUUGUACUACUGCUGUUCCUGAUAGCGGAGGCUUUACUGUUCGCCAUCUUCACUGCAGUGAUGCUGGGCACGCAGUUACACGCCAUCUGGAAUGACGAGACGGGCAUAGAACAACUGAAAAAGGAGCAAGCGCGCUGGAUCCGCAAGUCACGAUGGAAGAGCAUACAAUCGGUGUUCGGACGGUUCUCGAUCCUAUGGUUCUCGCCUUUCACGCAACCAUCGCCUAAAACGAAACUAGAAAGCUAUUUAUACAGCGUUUAACAUAAUACCGACGUUCCUUCUUCGGUCACGAGGAAAAGGAACGUGCCAGUUUAAAUAAUGGUUCGACAUCACUAUUUAAAUACUCGUGAAAUUGCGGUCUUUGUGUUGUACACUAUGAAGAAAAUGGCUGACGCUCACUUUUUGUCUAUGGCCGUUCCGGUGUCAGUAUAGAGUAUAGACAGUUACUCUUUAUUGUCUAUGCCCUAUGGUAUCUUGAUAAAACUUCAAGCGAAAAUUAUGAUAGUUCUGUCAAGUACUGUAUGUUAGUAGUAUGAUAAAUGUCAUUUUGACAGUUCAGUCAAAAUUGCGAAACACGGUCCGAUAAAAUCAAGGAAUAGGGAAAUAAAAGAUUUUCUUUGAAGUGUACUUAAUGUGGACUGAAAACGAAACAUAUUCUAAACGAAUGGAAACAUAUUCUAAAUGCCGGUGUCUUAUUGUUAUUUAAGUUCGAAUCGAGAAUGUAUUUAUAAUAAUUCAAUUGCGAAUUGUUAAAACGUACAUAGGCGUUGCUCGUUUCUCGUGACAAAUGAAGGAUAUAGAGAUAUAGUAUUAUUUAUUGAUUUUUGGGUAGUUAGACCUAGUUAUACGUUAGAGGCUUUCAGCGUUCGGAAAGUCAAUAACUUACCGUUGUUUUGUAUUGUCAUUGAUACGUUUUAAGUGCAAAUAGACUAUUCAUUUUUCUAUGAAGUGUAUAAUCGGCUUUACCGUACUCGAAGGACCAUUAUUUAUAUUAAAAUGACGUCAAUACAAUUCGGACUUUAGAAAAAAUGGUAGAUAAUAUCGAAUUUUGAAAAAUUUCCUGUAUAAUAAAGUACGAAUAGAUUAUAAAUUUUUCUAUGAAAUGAAUAAUCGGCUUUACCGUACUCGAAGGACCAUUGACAUUAUAAUGACGUCAAUACAAAUCGGACUGUAGAAAAAAUGCUAGGUAAUAUCGACUUAAAAAUCGCUAGAAUUAUAAAUUUGUGUUUCGAUGACAUACGAUUGACAACGACGAGUCAUGUAUGUUAUACUUUAGUAAUACCCGUAAUAGCAUUUAUAGUCGAAACUACCCAAAAAUCGCUUGAAAUGUAUAUUAAGACGUUGAAUCAUUGUCAUAAUCAUCGUUAUUAGAAGCAAUAACAUCUUUAUGUUAUAGAUGUAUUUAUUUAUUUGUAACUUGACUGAUGUGGUAGAUAGUAUAGGUAUGUAAGUGGAAUAUUUGGAUGGAUCACCUCCUAUAGAACAAAGGUUUUUUUUUAUGUGGGAUACGGUUCUUGAUCUAUAAAAACUCCCAAUAAUUGUGAAUUCAGAAGUAAAUAGUUUUUGUGACAGUGUAAAGAAGUCGCCUCUUGAAUCAAUGUUAUGUAUGUGUUAAGGCAUUAACACCUGUUUGAAUUUUCUUUUUCAUGUUAUAUUACUUAACAAUUUCUGCACGCUAUUUUUGUACGAAAGUACACAAAUAGUACAGUAGCACAUCAAUGUGUAAGCACUAAAUAUCUAACACGAAACACUAAGUUACUUAGUGCUUUUGUGUAAUGUACAGUCUAGAGGAGGUGAUCUGUUAUCUAUCUCACUCUGACACCAGUAUUGUCGUACGUUGGAGCGAGAUAAACGAUAUUUUCUUGAUGCGAUUAGAUUAUUACAAAGAUACCUUUAAUUUUUAUAGAAGAUGUGAUAAAUACCUCUUUGUAGAACCAAUACUGUAUGUUAGAGUGAGAGAAAAUUAAUUAACACAAGCGAAGAAUAACAAAGGUGUUGUUAAUUUUUCUGAUAUUUUUGGUGAACAAAUUCGAAAUCAUUAUUUAUUAUAAGACGUUAUGGAUAGUAUUGGGAAAGAUAUCAGUUAGCUGUCUCACUUUAACACUAUGAAUGCGAUAGGUUAGAGUGAGAGGAAUGGCUUGCUGUUCGUUUCGAUUAGUAAUAAUUGUCGUUGAUUUUCGCGAAGUUUCCACGGGAUAUUUAAGUAGGACUAUUUUGAUAGCUUCCUCUAACGCCUAUAUUAUGGUUUGUUAGAGCGUGAGAAAUGUGUGGCUUUGAAGAUGCAAUAAUGUUGUUCUUAACAGGUUCUGUAUUCGUUGGGAGAUGGUAUUUGGUGGCAGGCCAUCGGACAUAUUCAGAAUAUUUCGUAGUUUAGUGAUUUGUGAGUCACAUAGAUUUAUGUGCACGUUAAAAUAUCAUAAAUGUUGUCUUCUGUAAAGCUUUUUGCUUACUAUUAUGAUGUUGUUUCAUUGAAUAAUUAAAGGGACAUACAAUAGAUUGUCCCUUCUGAGUGGAGUCGUUUUUAUACCAAAAUUGUUUACAAUCGGUAAAGUUAUUUGAUCUGGAAUCUUGAAAGUAAGGAUAUCUCCCUCAUAACAUGAGUAGUACUGAAAAGCUGACUUGAUUUAGGAAACAAAUACAUACUAAUGGUAUAAAAAAGAACUCCGUCAUUAAAAUUAUUUGAUGGAGCAAUUUUUUAAAUGUUCUUUCUUAGAGUCGUUCUCUAUCCCAGUUAUAAAUCUGGUUAAAAAGCUUUUGAGAAUAUGCGUGUGUUGCGUUCUUCACCAAGUCUUAUGUGUGUUUGACAUCGAUGAGUUAUAAUUAAGGGAAUAUGUGUAAAGUAGAACAAACAUAAGAUCUCAUAAGUUUACGAGUUUCGGAGCACUAAUACACACUUCGAUAUUUGUUAGGAAUUGAAUACAAUGUGUGAAUUGAGCCUACUUCGGUUAACGCUUAUAAUAAUAUAUAUUUUAAAGUUAUAUUUUGGUAAUCAUUAUUUAAGUGAAACUUCUUUAUCGGGGUUGGAAAAAAAUUUUGCGUAACAUUUUUUCGUUACGC